AUGGCCACCCAACGUCACUACUAUCAGCCUGCCGCUCACCCUAUCAAUGUGCCCUCGAAGACCCCGGCUCCAGCAAGUCUCUAUCCCAUCUCGCGGGUAGCGGGCUCCCCGCCGGAUCUGUCAGACGCCAGCACCACCGCUGGCAGCCGCACCUCGGGCGGACUCACUUUCAGCUCCGCUGGUGCGAGUGGAGAUUAUGACCAGAGUUCGGCGUCGUACUCUGGCGUUGACGUCGUCGAUGUUUUGAGCAACCGCAUGCAAGAUGCAUUUGACCCAACACCGUUGGAUAAGGGGCUGGCUCGACAGGCGCAAACUUCUGGCCAGCUGAAUGCGAAGCAGCAAGAACUGCUCGAACUGCAAGCUCUCGCACAGCGGCGCUUGAAGGGUGUCCGUGCCAACUUCGCUGAGGGCCUCAAGACAGCCAGAGAGACAAAACGCGAUCUGGAAUGGACGCAAAAGCGCGUCAGUUCCGCUCCGCUCCGCGUACCAGGGCUUCCGCUCCGCCGACGAGCUUGGCACGUGCACGGCGAUCAGCGUGCCUGCGCCGCUAGCGCCGAUCGAGGCAGUUUCCAGAAGGCUAACGAACGCUAUAAAAAUAGCACCCUCAAGACCAAGGCCGAGAAGGCCCACCCGGAUGAAUAUCGUCGGGCCGCGAAGAAGUACACCUUUGACGACUACUGA